AUGGCAAGCUACUGCUUCCUCGUCCAGAAGCUGUCCAGAUUCUUCGCGGGCUGCGAGUUCCUCCAUGCCCCGCGCGCUGAGAACAAGGCGGCAGACACGCUCGCCAAGAUCGCCUCCUCCCGAGACUCCAUUCCGUUCGGCGUCUCCCUCGAGCACCUGCAUAAGCCGUCCGUCAAGCCGUCUAUGGACUCCGAGUCCAUCCAUGUCCCAGCCGACCCGGCCGCGCUGCAACCCGGGACGGGGACUGCUCCAGCCAACCCGGCCGCGCUGCAACCUGGCCCGGGGACUGCUCCACCCGACCCGGCCGUGCCUCAACCCGGCCCAGGGGCUGCCUCCGCCAACCCGGCCGCCGUCAUCCCCGACCAGGGGGCUGCAGAACCCGGCUCGUGGGCUGCCGACUCGGAACCCGCCGUAGUGGCCGUCUUCCCCAUGGUCACGGCGCCAUCCUGGGCCCUGCCCAUCUAG